UUUUAGUCUGCUACUUGCUACCGCCGCGAGUUUCGAGGCGCACGGUGUUUGACCCAUUCAUCGCUCUUUCCUAAUAACAUAAACUUUUGGCUUCUCCGCUGUUUUGACGCCGUUGCUUUGAAAUCUGUCUGCUGCUAUGGUUUCAUUGAAGCGAGAAAGAGAGGCGGAUUUAGAUGAUGAUGACAACGAAGACGGAGUAGCAGCCAAAGUUGGAAGAGGAAAUGUAGUGGAAGACCGAAGAAGCCGCCACUGCCCAUAUCUUGACACCAUAAACAGGAGUGUGCUGGACUUUGACUUUGAGAAGCUCUGCUCCAUCUCUCUCUCCCACAUCAACGUCUACGCCUGCCUUAUAUGUGGGAAAUACUUUCAAGGAAGAGGUUUGAAGUCUCACGCAUACACUCACAGUGUACAGUUUAGCCAUCAUGUGUUCCUCAACCUGCACACACUCAAGUUUUACUGUCUGCCAGAUAACUAUGAGAUCAUUGACUCUUCACUAGAAGACAUCACAUAUGUCCUGAAACCAACUUUCACCAAGCAGCACAUUGCAGGGCUGGACAAGCAGGGUAAACUGUACAGAGCCUAUGAUGGUACAACAUACCUACCGGGCAUUGUAGGGCUCAACAACAUUAAAGCCAAUGACUAUGCCAAUGUGGUGUUACAGGCUUUUUCUAAUGUUCCACCGUUGCGAAAUUACUUCCUGGAGGAGGAAAACUACAGAGGAAUCCGCAGGCCUCCAGGAGACAUCAUGUUUCUCUUGGUGCAGAGGUUUGGUGAGCUGAUGCGCAAACUUUGGAAUCCAAGAAACUUUAAGGCCCACGUGUCUCCCCACGAGAUGCUGCAGGCUGUAGUGCUGUGCAGCAAGAAGAACUUCCAAAUUACAAAGCAAGGUGAUGCUGUGGACUUCAUGACAUGGUUCUUAAAUGCCCUGCAUGGUGCUCUCGGAGGCACAAAGAAGAAGUCAUCAAUCAUUACAAAAGCGUUUCAAGGCUGCAUGCGGAUCUUCUCCAAGAAACUUCCACACCCAGAUUUGCCACCAGAGGAAAAAGAGGCACUGCUUACAACAGAGGAGUAUCAGGAACAGAUGUCUGAGUCUACCUUCCUGUUCCUGACCCUUGACCUCCCAACUGCGCCACUGUACAAGGAUGAGAAAGAACAGCUUAUAAUCCCACAGGUUCCUCUCUUCAACAUCCUGGGCAAGUUCAAUGGCAGCACAGAAAAGGAAUACAAAACCUACAAAGAGAAUUUUCUCAAAAGGUUCCAGUUGACCAAACUGCCCCCGUACCUCAUUUUUUGCAUCAAAAGAUUCACCAAGAACAACUUCUUUGUGGAAAAGAAUCCCACAAUCGUCAACUUCCCGAUCACGAAUGUAGACCUUCGUGAAUACUUGACAGAAGAAGCUCAAGUCACUGAGAAGAACACAACUUAUGACCUUAUUGCAAAUGUAGUGCAUGAUGGGAAACCCAAUGAGGGAGCGUACAGAAUACAUGUUCUGCAUCAUGGAACUGGAAAGUGGUAUGAGAUGCAGGACCUGCAGGUGACUGACAUUCUUCCUCAAAUGAUCACACUGUCAGAGGCUUACAUCCAGAUUUGGAAGAGGCAAGAAAGUAAUGAAACAAACAACCACACGGGGGUGUAAGUGAGGCAGAGUCGUGCUCAUUGUGAAUGACCAGAGGUCUUGAGGUUGUUUUGGAAAUGACUGGGUAUUCUAAAACAGUACCAGAAUAUUGAAUCAAAGUGACAAGAGACCAUCAGGGCAUUCUUUACAACCACAAGAAGCAAAUGCAUGUAAAUGUCUACAUGGUUUUUUUUUUUUUUUUUUUUUUUUUUCACAGUUUUAUCUUUUUACUAUGUGGAAGUUUCUAAAUAAACCAGCUCCAGCACA